AUGGCUCAUCAUAGUGGCGAAGUUCACUUGCGUAAAAACUUGUAUGCAACCAUCAGCGUGCCGCUUGCAUACUACAAACACGUUGCGUUCGGUGCAAUGAAACUUUGUAUCGCUGAUAAUUACCCGGAAGUGAGUUUACCGGAAUUGGGCACCCUGCGGGGGUCCCAGACUGUGAGCGCAUUUACUCGGCGGGAAAUUUAUCAGUUUUUGAGCAUUCCAUACGGUGAAACAACAGCCGGAGAGUUUCGGUUUCGGGCUCCAAGGAAGACUCUUCCUUGGAAGGGAGUCCGCAACGUGACGGAAUUUGGAUUACCAUGUCCGCAGUUGAUGACUAUGUCUUCGCAUUCAUCCCGUAAUUCCGUAGAAGAUUUGGAGGAUUGUUUAACUCUUUCGGUGUUCACCAGUGAUCUUACAAGUAGAAACCCAGUAAUGUUGUUUCUACAAGGCCGAACUGUCAGCAAAACGGCUGAAAAGGACGUAGUUUUAGUUGUCGUCCAAUAUCGCUUCGGACCUUUCGGAUUUUUGGCAUUGAAAACUGAAGGUAUGCCCGGGAAUGCAGGCCUGCUGGAUAUUAAACUCGCUCUUGAAUGGGUUCGGGAUAACAUUCGGAAAUUUGGAGGUGAUGAUGAGAACGUUACACUGUUCGGUCAGUCAGCUGGAGCGGCUGCCGUUUCGGCGCUGCUGCACAGUCCCCUGGUUCCGGAUGGUUUGUUUCAUAAAGUGAUUUUACAGUCCGGAGCAACUGCUUCCCCAUGGGUUUGGGACAAGGAUCCGGUUGGUAAUACACUGAAUAUUGCAGCGAUAGCCGGCUGUCCUAUAAACGAUGAACAUAGUGAGAAGGUUAGUUCCGAGCAUGGUUCCAAGAUUGAUAAGAAACACAUUUUUUCACAGAACUUCGAGGUGGUUGAACGUUGCCUUCGAGGAAUGGAUGUGUGGAAUAUGUUACGUAGUUUUGUUGCUCACAAAAUGAAGACUACGAAGAGCAAAGGAUUGCAGCAUGUCGGUGGAAACAGAUUUAUUGUUGAGGAUUACCAUGGAUUUAUGCCGCAGGCAUCACUGGAAGCUAUGCGUACCGGAAACAAGCGACGCGUACUUCCAAUGAUGGCUGGAGUGGUCAAGCAUGAGGGUACUUUUUUGCUCACCACGAUUUACGAUGCAUUUAAGACUAACGGUUUGCUAGCAAAUCGCAACUUCGUAAAAUACGGAUUGCUAGACAGGAUCAAUCAGAUUCUUGGUAUUGAUGAUCCAACGGGAGCGUUGGUGGGAUAUCAAAUCAACUCAUUGUUCAGUAUCGAUCAAUUGGAAAGCGGUGAUUUGAGAAGACUAUUAGAUGGCAUAGUUGAUAUUGUUGGAACCAUAACCAUUAAAUCUCCACUGCUGCGAGAAGUCCAAGCCAACAGUUUGCUUAAUCCGAAUGGAACGUUUUUGUACACCUUUGACUAUCAGGGUGAGACGACUCGUUUCGGAUAUGGCGCCGAUACAUCGCAUUAUCCAUUUCUUGGUGGAGUUCACCAUUCCGAUGAUCUGCUGUAUUUGUUUCCGUUUCCACCCGGACAACCCGGAGUGAGUGGUAAGGAUGCUGCAAUCUGUCACAUGAUGGUUGAACUGUGGACCAGUUUCUGCGCAACAGGGGUGCCAAAGAGCGAUGCAAAUAACUUCAUUUGGAAACCGAUGACAGAGUACGCCGGCCCAUAUCUUCACAUCGAACAGAAUCCAUACCAUGGGGCAAACUUUUACGAGGAAUUCUCAGCAGUUAGCAACGAAAAGCCAAAAUCGCCGAGGGCAAAAACAAACGACUCGAACCAGAACCCACCACAACAGCAGCAACCAAGCACACCGGAAAUUCUAAUCAUCCAAAAUCCUAAUUAG